AUUCGCUCUGCCCCACUUCCCACACCUUACAAAAGAUAAAACAAUUCAAACCGGCUUCUGCCAGCCAAUUGCAGCUUCUUGAACCCUACACCCCGCUUCGCCCUCCCUGGCUCCCUUGAUAUCACUAUCAUUUACAAGUGCCACCACCGCGCCUUCUCUUGCGAGAUAUCUAUUUAUUCGUAUCCUAUCCUCUGUCGCAUGUCCACUGCAUCUUCGGCUGACAAGACAGCCUGUCUUGUCUCGGCUAUACAGGAGAUCCUCAUCUCAGAGCCAGCGGGUCUAACCUCGCGUGACAUAGCCCAUCGACUCGUACUCAUCCAGGCACCAUACUCGUCUGCAUCCUCUGCAACGUUUAUCAAGAGAGUACAAAGGAUCCUUUCGACAUACAACUCCUCCGCCAAGUCAAACAAGGGCAGCUGCUUUCGAUACAACCACGACGCCGGCGUGUGGACCAUUAACACGUCGCAUUCCCAGUAUCCAAUGGGUUUCCCUUCUGGGUUCUUCCCAUCCACACCGUCACCAAAAAAAAUACCCUCCUUCCAGCUCUCGCGGAACACAACCAUGACCACAACCACCAUGACGCCUACACCAAGCACCUCUUCGCUGAGUGUGAUAUCAUCCGCCGUCGGCAGUUCCCUGACAACAGGAAUCAUGGAGCAGGUCAGCACCUGGAGGACCGGUGCAGACACCGACGAUGACGAUGAGGCGAGCCUGGAGAUCUACUCCAACCCUUCAAUGAACCGCUCGUCUUUUCCCUCUCAAGUUUCAAGAGGCGAGUCCAAUGGCAGUGGAGGAUCGCUUCUGAAUGGGAUGGAGAUCGUGCCAACGCUUCAUCAACUCCAGUUCCCUCAACAUCCGUUGGAUCAACCCGACGAUGGUGCUCUGUUCCACCAUGGCGCACACAGUGAUAUCAUGCCGCCACCCUCAUCCACGACCUCAGGUUACCGUCGCCACUCAGUAUCGUCCCAUCAACGACCAAUACUUAGCAGGAUGAAGCGCUCGAGCCAGGACGAGAGUGGAGGCGACCAAUUUGUUCCGAGUGCCACUCGCGCGUCAUAUCAUGGUAUGACCGCCGACUUAUUAUCCAGAAGUGUUCGCCAGGCGGACAUGAGGUUCCAGGGCGGCAUGGUCACGGCCCUCGAAGGCCUGGCUGAUCAGAAUUCCGCAAAUGCACCAAUGAUCAAGUCUGGGUUUCCUUCGCCUCAAUCAACCGCACCUUCGCCUAGAGUCCCACCUGCUCACAACUUCAUUCAGCCAUCGCAGACGGGCUCAACUAGAGGUGAUGUCGAGACCCACCAUCGCCACUCCUCGAGUCAUUCUGCGCAGUUUCGUCUCUCUCCGACCCUUCGUCUUUCGCCAAAUCAGCUCGAAAACUCCCGACAACGCACACAGAGUCGGAGAAGUAUGGACGAACCUGAGAAUGAGGACCAACCUAUGGAGCGGGAAACAUUCAGACAGCCGCAUGCUCCAUCGCCGCGGUUUACGAAAGAGGAUCCAAGACUCCGUGAUCUGGGCGCGACACUCCAAAAGUCUCUCUCAUUUAAUGGAGAUGAGGAGUACCAGGACAUGCACCGGGAUGAUGAGCCAUUCAGCAGCUAUGGACGACCUCAAGCUGUUCGCCAUCAUCCUUACUUGUCUCGUUCUCGAGGGGAUACAUCAGCACAACGUACCCGCUUUGAACGUCAGCCACAAAGGCCGCAUGCAGAGAGCUUUGUUCGCGACAGGAAAGGAAAAGGACGAGCGGUCGAUCACGAGGAUGACAAGGAAAUUAUUGGAAAGACACCUGUGUUGCUAAAUGCUAUCAACACCAGUCAGACCAACAUCUUGUCCGAGCUGCAGACGGCGCAGCGUUUGAACCAGGAAGAGCUCGCACACUUUCGGGAGGAGCUGUACGCAUCCCUCCAAUUGGCAUUCACAAGAUUAGCGGACCAAGUUGAGGGCGUCGGACGAGCUGUGGUAUCUGUAGAGAACACUCAGCGGGAAACAGUUCAGCAAUUGGGAAUCAGUAUUGGAAGCGCUAUGGGCGACGGUUUCUCAAAAAUGACCGAGACGAUCCAGCAGAACAUUCAACAGCAGAUCCAGCAGGCCCUUCAGCCUUAUCAGUCGCCAUCAUUUCGCCCGGCGUCCAUCCGGCAAGGGUCUCCGUUUGCUCCCAGCCACGCUCAGUCGAUUGCGCCCUCGACUAUCUCCGCCUCCAAUGCAGCCUAUUCAUCAUAUGGAGGAUUUGGGUCUGGACCGAGCAUGUCUCGCCAAGCCUUUGGAUCGACAUACGGUAGCAGGGAAAGCAGCGCCUGGAGGCGUUCGGAGCAGGGCGUACAGGACAGCCCAGACGACCAUGAUGAGGACGAGGACGAUCAUGGGCGAGGCAAAAGAAGGGCAGUUGAGCGUCCUCGAUCUACAUCAGGAUCUAGGCGAGCGAUUGACUGGCCGAGGAGAGAAUUUGAAAGUUAGGUGUUUUUUGUCGAGUAUGAGCUCGAACGGUGGGACAGCCAGUAUGAGAUGCAGAUGCCGACAAUUGGAGGACACCGAACCGUAUCUGCCAAGCUGGCUUGGAGUCGAUGAUUUUACUUUUUUUCUUCCUUUCAAUUCUCAGUCGAGGUUAGUAG